AGAAAAAUGUAUUGUAUAACGCAAAUUCUAUUUGUGUACACGAGUAAUAACUUCAUUUAUUUACUAAUAAUACCUACUUGUAAAAUUAUAUUAUGCACUAUUGUAAAAUCAUAUUAUUAAUAUUAUUAUAUGGAUACAGCUUUACAGAACGGAGCUUUAUGGACUUGACAUCAGUAGAAAUUUCGUUCGCUAUUUAAUUCUAUACGAAUAAGUAAAUUGCAAGAGAAUUUAGUUAUGUGGUGACAAUAAUUGAUUAAAAUGACUUGGUAGCAGUUGUAAGUGCAGAAUUUGUACGCUGUGUGGUCGAAUAAGCGACGAGGCACCGUAGCGGCAGCUGGCCGCCAUGAACCGGUAUGUGGUGUUACAGCAACUCGGCGACGGCACGUACGGGUCAGUGGUGCUCGCACAGCGACGAACACCAGCGAGAAAGGUGGCCAUCAAGCGCAUGAAACGCAAAUACUAUUCUUGGGACGAAGCGAUGAAUUUGCGUGAGGUUAAAUCUUUAAAGAAGCUUAAUCACGCUAACAUUGUCAAACUACGAGAAGUCAUACGCGAGAAUGACACUUUAUACUUUGUAUUCGAGUACAUGCGCGGCAAUUUGUACCAAUUGAUACGCGACGCGGAGCGACCAUUUCCUGAGCCGGUGCUGCGCAAUAUCAUAUACCAAGUGUUACAGGGCCUUGCGCACAUGCAUCGACAUGGUUUCUUCCACCGAGAUCUGAAGCCCGAGAAUUUGUUGUGUUGUGGUCCCGAAUUGGUGAAGAUCGCUGAUCUGGGUUUGGCGCGCGAGGUACGCUCGCGGCCGCCCUACACAGACUAUGUCUCGACGCGUUGGUACCGCGCUCCCGAGGUACUGCUACACGAUACGCGCUAUGGCGCGCCCAUUGACUUGUGGGCGCUCGGCUGUAUCACUGCCGAACUCUAGUGUCGUCCGCUGUUUCCCGGCAACUCUGAAAUCGAUCAGUUGCACAAAAUCUGCGCGAUCCUGGGCACGCCCGACCGCGACGACUGGCCCGAAGGUUACACGUUGGCGGAAGCGCUGCGCUUCCGGUUCCCGACGAGCGCGGGCGUGCCGCUGGGGCGAGUGGUGGCAGCAGCCUCACCGCCCGCGUUGGCUCUGCUCGCUGCGCUGCUCCGGUACCCGUCGCGCGACCGCCCCACGGCUCCGCAGGCAUUACGAUUUCCAUAUUUUGCCAUCGGUGCGGCCCUUGGGGUGCCGCCGCCUGCGUCGCGCGCUCGACGCACCGUUUCAGUAGAUCACAGACGAGGACAACACACAGGCGACGGCGCUUUGGAUAGGCUCGCCGCACACUCGGAGAAGAGCGGUGCCCGCUGCGAGUCUGAUCUCGCGUUUUUGGGCGCCGCGGCCGUCGCGGCGGGUUCACCGGCGGUUGUGGCGGCCGCUCCGCUCGCUGCUCCGCCGCCACUUCACGAUCGUUUUGCUGACAUUCUGG